AUGAAGUAUGAUUAUGACAAUUCUUGGAGGACCCAUCUAUUAAAUUGGUGUCUUUUGGAGAAUUUUAUUCUUUCUUCCAUCAGGCAUGGAUUUAUCUCUACCCCCAGAACUUAUUGGAAAAAAAGUAAUCUCUUUAUUUAAAUCUAAAUUUAGUUUUGUAGAAAUUUUUCUAAAGGAGCAUUUUGUUCUAAACUGUUGUUCUUAUACAAAUUUUCAAUUUCAUUACUUGUAAAUAACAAAAUUACUUGCAAUAAUCGUUAAUUUAAAUUUUGCUUUGGUUAUUCAAUGUUUCUAAUUUGUAGAGGUUUCUCAUUUAACUUUAUAUUAACAUCUAUUAUGUCUUGUCAAUUGGAGUUGGCAGUAUUCUAAUCUCUGUUCUUGUUAAAAUAAUUAUUCCUCAAUGUUGGUUUCAAUCAGUUGAAUUCUUCAGAGAUAAAUUAGUUCAAUCUAGUGAUAUGGAUACCUCUUUAACGAGCAUUCUUAGAAGAAAAGCUACUGCUAGAAAUAGAAGAUUUAAUUAUGAAGAUCAUUUGAGAAUCCAAGAAAUAAGGAGUGCAUAAAGAAUGCUAUGA